GGAGGACAGAAGCGCGCGUGCAAAGAAAACCAUGCUGAUGUUGACACUUUUAGAUUUCAUAAUACACUUUUUGUAUAAAACUACGCAGUGUUAGUGAAUGAGACCGUGAUUACGUGUUUUUGUUCUAAAUAUCCUGGUGGUCCUGUCACUGUCACCGCGUCGUGUUUCAGUUGGAGCGCGAGGAGAUUUCGAACUUCGCUCCCAGCCGUUAAAACUCAUUUCCAGCAGAUUUUCUUUCCGUUUUCUGUGACACCAGAGGACAUUUAUUCAUAGAGGUGUCAAAUGGGGGAGGCGUUUUUCGGACUCGCGUCUUUUUAAAGCGCUACACUGUGGUUAUGGAUAGCUCGGCGGCGGACACUAAAUUUACCGCAGACCUGACUGAAGCGUCCUCUUUUCAGGACCCCGGUAAAGGCUGCGGUUCAAGAGGCAUCCGAGGUUUUCUCCUGCUAGAAUACAGGAAUGAGCUGGUGCAACUCAUCAAACUGGCAGGACCAGUGGUCUUUUCCCAGCUGAUGGUCUUCAUGAUCAGUAUAAUCAGCUUGGUGUUCUGCGGUCACCUUGGGAAAACAGAGCUAGCAGGAGUGUCGCUGGCAGCUGCGGUGGUUAACGUCACUGGUAUUUCUAUUGGCACUGGUUUGUCAACAACCUGUGAUACCCUUAUAUCUCAGACCUAUGGGAGCGGUAACUUGAAGCGUAUUGGUGUGAUUCUCCAGAGGGGGGUUUUGAUUCUGCUGCUGGCCUGUUUCCCCUGCUGGGCCCUCCUCAUUAACACUGAGCCCAUUCUACUCGCUGUCAAGCAGAGCCCAGAGGUUGCCAGCCUUGCUCAGUUGUACGUGAAGAUCUUCAUGCCUGCUCUCCCAGCUGCUUUUAUGUACCAGCUUCAGGGGAAAUAUCUACAAAAUCAGGGAAUUAUGUGGCCUCAGGUUAUAACUGGAACAGCUGGAAAUGUCCUCAAUGCAAUCAUCAACUAUAUCUUCCUUUAUCCUCUGGAGCUGGGUGUGGCUGGAUCUGCAGCAGCCAAUGUCAUCUCUCAGUACUUCCUGGCUUUGUUCCUGUACGUUUACAUCUGUUGGAGGGGUCUACACAAAGCCACAUGGGGAGGCUGGUCACUUGACUGUCUGCAGGAGUGGGGUCUCUUCAUCAAGCUGGCCAUUCCCAGUAUGCUCAUGAUUUGCCUUUCAUGGUGGAUAUUUGAAAUUGGAGGAUUCCUGGCAGGUGUGAUCAGUGAGGUGGAACUUGGCGCUCAGUCCAUCGCAUACCAGCUGUGCAUUGUGGCUUACAUGUGCCCACUGGGAUUCUCUGUUGCUGCCAGUGUCCGGGUUGGGAACGCUCUUGGUGCAGGAAACACCAAGCAGGCCAAGCUUUCUUGUAAAGUCCCCAUCAUCUGUGCAUGCUCUUGUGAGAGCGGGGGUCCAAAUCACAGAAGAAAAAGAGACAUCUUAUACGCACUUGAACGCAACAUGCGAUUUACCCAAUGGCAGCAGCACCCCGACAGCUGCAGGAGGUGGUUGGCUCUCAGGACACUCCUCAAUUUACAGCACGUGUCCAACCAGUGGACUGUAUGUAAUCUGUGCUCCAACCUCCUUUCUGACUCCACAACAUCCAGCUCACGUUUCAGCAGCUUCCCUCUGACGCGCCGGCAGCAACAGACAAGAACAACUGUUAUGGAUGGUUCUGGAAAAACAAAAGUCUCUUAUUCUGAGAAAGUGAAGGUGGAUAUGAAGUCCGGUGAAGCGGCUCCCUGUGUUCAGGACUCUGGUGAAGGUUGGGGCUCCUGUCUGAAGAGAAUACGUGGCUUAAUUCCGCCGGAGUACCGCAAUGAGCUGGUGCAACUUUUCAAACUUGCGGGACCAGUGGUCAUUUCCCAGAUGAUGAUCUUUAUGAUCAGUUUUGUCAGCAUGGUUUUCUGUGGUCACCUGGGAAAGACGGAGCUGGCAGGAGUCUCACUAUCAGUUGCGGUGGUCAACGUCACCGGUAUUUCCAUUGGCACCGGUUUGUCAUUAACUUGUGAUACCCUCAUAUCUCAGACGUAUGGGGGCGGUAACUUGAAGCGGGUGGGUGUGAUCCUUCAGAGGGGGAUUCUGAUUCUGCUGCUGGCCUGCUUCCCCUGCUGGGCCGUCCUCAUCAACACCGAACCUCUUCUACUUGCUGUGAGACAAAGUCCCGACGUGGCCAGACUCUCUCAGUUGUAUGUGAACAUCUUUAUGCCUGCCCUGCCGGCUGCGUUUAUGUACCAGCUGCAGGGGAGAUACCUUCAGAAUCAGGGAAUUAUAUGGCCUCAGGUUAUAACUGGAGCAAUUGGAAAUGUUGUUAAUGCAAUAAUAAAUUAUGUCUUCCUAUACUAUCUGGAAUUGGGUGUUGCUGGAUCUGCAGCAGCCAAUGCAAUCUCUCAGUAUUCACUGGCUGUGGUCCUGUUUAUAUACAUAUACGUAAAGGGUCUGCAUAAGUCCACAUGGGGAGGUUGGUCACUUGACUGUCUGCAGGAGUGGGGGCCGUUCAUCCACCUGGCCAUCCCCAGUAUGCUCAUGCUUUGUCUGGAGUGGUGGAUAUUUGAAGUGGGAGGAUUUCUGGCAGGUGUGAUCAGCGAAGCCGAGCUGGGGGCACAGUCGAUCGUGUACGAGCUGGCUGUUAUAGCGUAUAUGUUUCCUUUAGGAUUCUCUGCUGCUGCCAGCGUACGGGUCGGGAAUGCGCUUGGUGCAGGAAACGUAGAACAGGCCAAGCUGUCGUGCAAACUCCCCAUCAUCUGUGCAUUCAUAAUUGCGUGUUUUGUUGGAGCAACCCUCUGCGCCUCCAGAACUGUCAUCGGAUACAUUUUCACCACAGAGCCUGAAAUUUUAGAAAGGGUUGCUGAUGUCAUGAUCAUAUUUGGUUUCACACAUCUUGCUGAUGCUGUUGCGGCUGUAAACGGGGGUGUCCUCAGAGGAGUAGGAAAACAACUGAUUGGUGCUCUGUGUAACCUGGUGGGCUUCUACUUCAUUGGCUUCCCCAUUGGUGUCACCCUGAUGUUUGCAGCCAACAUGGGGAUUGUGGGACUAUGGACAGGACUUACAAUAUGUGUGUUAAUGCAGGCGAUUUUCUUCAUUAUAUUUGUGUGGAGACUUGAUUGGAAGAAAGUUGCAGAAGAGGCUCUUGUGAGGGCAGGGGUUCAGAAUAAGGAAGAAAAGGACACAAUCCAGAUGGAAGAAAAAGAUUGUAACCACAGCCAGACCCAGGUCAGUGUAACGGCAUCCGGUUUUGAUGAGGAGGAUCAUACAUACCAGGAGGCACCAGUUCCUGCCCAGAAUAAAUCCUCCACCACCACAGUGGGAGAUGUUCUGUCCGUUCCACAGCUGGUUCUACGUCGUGGCCUGACGUUGCUGGUCAUGAUCAUCACCCUUGCAAUUGGAAUUGUUGCCUCAAUCUUCCUCACCGAUCUGCUGAAGUGACUCCUCUGAUGUAAAACUGGCAAUCAAAUUGAUGGUAGGCAGGUCUGAUAGCAAGUUCCAUUAAGUUUUAUUCUCAUUAGCAUAGCAUCACUUUCUCAUAUGAGAGUCACUUGUGAUGCAAUGUUUAAAAGACAUCCGUAACGUACACAAUGCUGCAGCCACUCGGUGCCUGAGAGCUGAAACAAAUAAGAUGAUGAGGGUCCCGAGAUAAAGAAAUUAAGUAAAGGCAGUACAACACUGAAUGUAGUUAAUUAAACAUUCCACUUCAACUGCAACAAUUUUCCAAAUCUGCUCUUCUGAGGUGUUGAUGAUUCCCAACUGUGUUCAAACACUGUGACCUGCCAGAGACCUGGAGAGAUCCCACUAAACAGAGACAAAGUAAAUAACCGAUUCUCUGUGAAGCACGUGUUGCACAGGAAAGUCAGAAGCCCUGCAGCUGCUAAAUAUUUGCGAUGGUUUAAAUGCUGUGUGAGUAGAUAACAUGAUAACAUGAAAUGGAAGCAAAAACACUCCAAAGAACCCAGGACGCUCCACAGAACAACAAUGCUGCUCCAGCUGCGUCAGGACCGAACCGUGAGCCACUGCCAGUUUGUUCAGGGAGUUCUCAGCAAAGAGGCUUUUAAUUAAAACACCAGCUGAGGACGGUACAUUCUGGAUCGUCACGCUGCAGAUUUUAUAAAUGUGUAGCCUUAAAUGUUGGGACACUCUGUAAAAGGCAGAUAAAAACAUAACGCAAUGAUCUAAAGUCUGUAUUUAUCUAAAAGUAGAACAUGGAUGGACAGACAGACAGACAGACAGACAGACAGACAGACAGACAGACAGACAGACAGACAGACAGAUAGAUAGAUAGAUAGAAAGAUAGAUAGAUAGAUAGAUAGAUAGAUAGAUAGAUAGAUAGAUAGAUAGAUAGAUAGAUAGAUAGAUAGAUAGAUAGAUACAUACAUAGAUUUUACUCUGAGCAUUUAUUAAAUUGUCUUUGUACUGUUUACAAACACAUUUAAUGUAAAGAAUUUCAGAUUACUAUUUUAUGUUUUUAUGAACUUUGUACAAAGCUUCCCAACUUGCAUGAACAUAAACAAACUGAAUUAAGUAUAUCACAUUCAUGUAUGUUUUCUUUAUUUUAAUGAGGUGCAGAACAUCCACAUCCAAGUGGCUCAUGUGUGGUUACAGAAAGGAAUUUUAUAUUGGAGCAAUAAUCUGUUGUUAGGUUGAAUUCUGAUGUAGGAAUGCAGACUGUGUGCUGCGGUGGGAUAGCUGAGGCUCUUUAAGAUUAUUGGGUAUUUAUCAUUCUGUUUUCUUAGCAUAGCUUUUGCAACACCAAAUCAUACAAAUUGCAAUGUUUUUCUGCUCCAGUUUCAUUAACAUUGUGGUUGUUUUCAAAUAUUUCAAUAACAAAAUAGGAAUAGCUCAAACUACAAGAUACCAAAGAACUUUGUCACAAAUAAACUGUUAAAUGAUG